AUGGUGCGCGAGAACAUCCCGUCUGUGAAUAUUCCCGAAAUGGAUGAGCAGCAUCAAGAGCUAUUUUCUGCAGUCACGGCGUUGAAGGACUCUGCAAACUGCGUUGAAGAGCUGGGGCAGAUCAUCGACGCAGUAGACGCCCACUUCAAGGCCGAGGAGGCCCUCUUCGAAAAGUACCAGAUACCAAACGUCAUCACUCAUCGAAGCGAGCACAUGAAGUUCUUGGCCACACUGCAGAAGAAGCAUGCAGAGCUGUCAACAAAGGAUGAAGCCAAGGAAGACUUGUCGACAGACCUCGAGCAGCUGGUAAAGAGCUCGGUCAAGUGGUUGAAAAUACAUACAAAUGCGUACGAUGCACCCCAGUAUGGCACAUUCUUCAAGGAUGGGGAGUAUAUUGGCAAUUGA